AUGAACGCGAUUCGCCAAACACAGGCACUGAACAAGCGCGAGCUCGAGAACGCAGUGCCACCCGAGGCAUCAUGGCAUGCAGACUAUCGCGACACUGCGUAUAUCUACAUUGGAGGGCUCCCGCUUGACCUUUCUGAGGGCGACAUCAUCACCAUCUUCUCCCAAUACGGCGAGCCAGUUCACAUCAACCUACUUCGAGACAAAGAGACAGGAAAAAGCCGCGGAUUUGCCUUUCUCAAAUACGAGGAUCAACGAAGUACGGAUCUUGCGGUGGAUAACCUGGGAGGUGCGACAGUUCUCGGACGAAUGUUGCGGGUGGACCAUGCCCGGUACAAACGAAGGGAUGAUGAGGAAGAAGGCGACAAUGUCGCAAGAUUAAUGGGCGAUCCGACGACUAGCCAGAGCAAAGACGACGGCAAUGAUGAUCGCCAUGGGCGGAAGGGGCCGCGCGAUAACGAAACGAAGGAAGCGCGACCCAUGCUCAAGGAAGAAAGGGAACUUCAGGACUUGAUUCAAAACCACGACGAUGAAGAUCCCAUGAAGGAGUUCCUGAUAGAGGAGAAGAAAGAGGAGGUUGCACUUGCGCUAGCAAACUACCGAGAAAGCAAGCGCUCCUCCCAUCGACGUGACGACAGCAGAGACCGUUCCAGCCGUCAUCAUCGACACCAUCGUCGACAUCGCUCUCGCUCCGCGGAGCACAGGCACCGGCGCGAUCGUUCCCGGAGCAAGGAGAAAAGACCAAGGCGGCGGUCAGCUGAACGUGAGCCGGAAUCCCGAAAAGAUAGCACUGCGGAACACGAUGAACGUCAUCGGCGAACCCGAACUGGCAGGGAAGACCAGUCCAGAGGUGAACAUUCGGUCGAGCGCUCCCGCUCAUCGCGUUCGCGGAGGAACCGUAGUGAGCGAGACCGCCAUGACCACCGUCGCUGA